AUGGCUGCAAAUACCUAUCUUGGAAUCGUGGGUGUUGGCGGGGUAGGAACCGCAUUGUUAGAACAGCUAAGCCGGAUCCCCAACGCGCCCAAGCUUGUUCUACUUUCGCGUUCGAGAAAGACCCUCUUGGCAGCAUCGCCAUCACACUCACCUGCUAUCCCUUUCGCAGACUGGGAAACCUCGACAGCGGCACCGGGCGUUACUGUUCAUGACGCGUUACAGCCAGAUGAAAUAAUCAAAUAUCUUUCUUCAGUUCCUGGUCGCGCCAUCUUAAUCGAUAAUACAUCUGAUAUUUUGCUCGCAAAGUCAUACCCAUCAUUUCUGAAGCGAGGGAUAUCGAUUGUGACACCCAACAAAAAAGCCUUCUCAGAUGAACUAUCGUUAUGGAACGAGAUAUUUGAUUCGGCUGCGCAGGGAAACGCUCGAGUCUAUCACCAAGCUACUGUUGGGGGUAGCCUCCCGAUACUGUCAACUCUUCGAGAUCUCAUCACAACAGGCGAUGAAAUAGUGAAGAUCGAAGGCGUGCUUUCGGGCACUUUAUCCCUUCUCUUUGACACCUACAUGCCAGCGGUUGGCACAGCGAAUACUAAAUGGAGUUCUCUUGUCGCUCAUGCUUUGGAAAUAGGCUUCAUGGAGCCAGACCCGCGAGAUGAUCUGAAUGGCAUGGACUUUGCACGGAAGCUCACGAUUCUUGCUCGAGUCGUAGGGAUCCAGGUAAUGGGGCCAGAAUCAUUCCCGGUCGAUUCGCUUGUACCUAAGAGUCUUCUGUCACUUCCGUCGUCUACAUCGGGAGUUAUCGAAUUCAUGGCUGAAUUGCCCAAAUAUGAUGCGCAAAUGAAUUUGGCUAAAAUUGAAGCUGAGAAGUCAGGGAAAGUUCUGCGGUACAUUGGGAGUAUUGAUGUACCAACUCAAACCAUCCGAGUAGGUCUACAACACCUUGAUAGAGACAACCCGAUCGCCAAUUUGAAGGGAAGUCAGAUUGUGAGUAUUUAUACCAAGAGGUAUGGAGCGAACCCGUUGGUCUUAAAGGGCGGUGGUGGAGGAGGCGAGGUCACUGCUAUGUGCGUGAUGGCCGACCUACUCAAGCUCUUGGGUAGACUCUAA